CAGAGAUGACGGAAGUCAGACCUUUGAAGUUUCACGGCAUUUUAAUGCAAAGUUAACGCAACGUGAAACACUGUUCAACACCAGCUGCGAUGGCUGAAGAGGUCUCAGAGCUCUGUGUUCCUGUCCCAUGGGGAGAGAUCAGAGGUAAAGUCUGGGGUCCUGAUCAUGGUCGUCCUGUGCUGUGCCUGCACGGCUGGGCUGACAACUGUGGCACAUUCAACACCCUCAUCCCCCUUCUACCCAAAGAGUGCAGGUAUGUGGCGGUGGACCUGGCAGGUCACGGUCGGUCAUCUCAUCGUCCUCCUGGAGCUUUCUACUGCGCUCCUGCGUACGUGGCGGAUGUACACAGAGUUGCUGACGCUCUGGGGCUGAAGAAAUUCUCCAUCAUAGGCCACAGUAUGGGUGCUGACAUUGCUGGAAUGUUCAGUGCUCUGUAUCCUGAGAUGGUGGAUGCUCUCGUGCUGCUGGACGCUUACGGAUUCUUACCUACAGAUUCGAAAGAAGUAUCCAAAGUGAUGAGGCAGGGGAUGGAUGAGAUGAUCCAGUUUGAAAAAAAGUCAGAAGAAAAGAAAAGAGUUUACACUUAUGAGAAGGCAGUUGAGAGGCUGUUGACUGCGAACCCGACUCUGUCUAAACAGUCUGUGUGCAUCCUGUUAGAGCGAGGUCUAGUUCAAGUCGAAGGAGGAUUUAUGUUCUCCAGAGACCUGAGAGUUAAUUUUAAAAACAUACUGCGCCUCAGUUUGGAGCAGAGUCUGGAGAUGCAGUCGAGGAUUCAAGCCUCUGUCCUAGUUGUUCUAGCAGAAGACGGCUUUGAUAGAAUAUUUUCUGAACCAGAGAGAUUCACUUCAGCAAUCCUCCAGUCCUUCCAGGACAGAAAUCACAAGGUGGUGACAGUACCAGGCGAUCAUCACGUCCAUCUGAAUAAACCUGAAGGUCGUGGCUCCGUUUGUGUCCAACUUCCUGCGAAUAAGCACUGUCAGUAUCAACCAGCAGCACAAGUUAUAACUACAGACAUGUUCCCCUAA